AACAUGUAUUCUUUUCUUCCUUUCUUCCAUUAUCCGAGAAUUCUCUCAUUCUCCAUUUUCCGGCGAAAUCUCCCGUUGAAUCGCCGUCCUUCCGAUCUUCAUCUCGCCGGAGAUCAUUCUCCUUCCCCUAUUUAAGCUCUCCGAGACACAGGAUAUUGUGGCUGUGGGAAGAUGGAGUAUGGAAUGAGAAAAGUUGCUUCUUAUUGCUCAAUUCCUGAAAUGGAUGAUCUUGAUAUCUCGAAGCUUCUUGAUAAACCGAGGCUAAACAUUGAGAGGCAGAGAUCUUUUGAUGAAAGGUCUUUGAGUGAGUUAUCAAUUGGUUUGUCUAGAACACUUGAUAACCACGAGACUGCUUGUUCACCUGGAGGAAGAUCGGGAUUUGAUACCCCUGCUUCGUCGGCUCGUAACUCUUUUGAUCCACAUCCUAUGGUUGCUGAAGCUUGGGAUGCCCUUCGACGAUCUAUGGUACAUUUCCGUGGCCAACCUGUCGGUACCAUUGCUGCUUAUGAUCAUGCAUCGGAGGAGGUCCUUAACUAUGAUCAGGUUUUUGUCCGAGAUUUUGUUCCCAGUGCUCUGGCUUUUCUGAUGAAUGGUGAACCUGACAUAGUGAAGAACUUCUUAUUAAAGACUCUUCAGCUCCAAGGAUGGGAGAAGAGAGUAGACAGAUUUAAACUUGGCGAGGGGGUAAUGCCAGCUAGUUUCAAAGUACUUCAUGACCCUGUUCGUAAAACAGAUACCAUAAUGGCAGAUUUUGGUGAAAGUGCAAUUGGAAGAGUUGCUCCCGUUGACUCUGGAUUUUGGUGGAUUAUCCUGCUUCGUGCAUACACUAAGUCAACAGGAGAUUUAACUUUAUCAGAAACAGCUGAAUGUCAAAAGGGAAUGAGGCUCAUAUUGACUUUGUGCUUGUCAGAGGGUUUUGAUACAUUUCCAACUCUGCUUUGUGCUGAUGGGUGCAGCAUGAUUGAUCGAAGGAUGGGUGUUUAUGGUUAUCCCAUUGAAAUUCAAGCACUUUUCUUCAUGGCAUUGCGUUCAGCGCUGCAAAUGAUGAAGCAUGACGCUGAAGGGAAAGACUUUGUUGAGAGAAUAGUGAAGCGCCUGCAUGCCUUGAGCUAUCAUAUGAGAGGCUAUUUCUGGAUUGAUUUUCAACAAUUGAAUGACAUAUACCGCUACAAAACAGAGGAGUAUUCGCACACAGCAGUAAAUAAAUUUAAUGUUAUUCCAGAUUCAAUCCCGGAUUGGGUUUUCGAUUUCAUGCCAAUGCGCGGUGGUUAUUUUAUUGGUAACGUCAGUCCUGCUAGGAUGGAUUUUAGGUGGUUCGCUUUAGGAAAUUGCAUUGCUAUUUUGUCCUCGUUGGCAACUCCUGAACAAUCGGCUGCAAUUAUGGAUCUCAUUGAAGAACGAUGGGAGGAGCUUGUUGGAGAGAUGCCUCUGAAGAUAUGCUAUCCUGCAAUUGAAAGCCAUGAAUGGCGAAUUGUAACAGGCUGUGAUCCCAAGAAUACCCGAUGGAGCUACCAUAAUGGAGGAUCAUGGCCAGUUCUUCUAUGGUUGGUAACGGCUGCCUGCAUAAAAACGGGGCGACCACAAAUAGCGAGGAAGGCAAUUGAUCUUGCUGAGAGCCGACUAUUGAAGGACAGCUGGCCUGAAUAUUACGAUGGGAAACAGGGAAGAUAUAUUGGGAAACAGGCUAGGAAAUAUCAGACAUGGUCAAUUGCUGGAUAUUUGGUGGCUAAGAUGAUGUUAGAAGAUCCAUCACAUUUGGGCAUGAUCUCUCUUGAAGAAGAUAAGCAAAUGAAGCCUGUCAUCAAGAGAUCUGCUUCAUGGACUUGUUGAGUCAAUAAAGAAGUCUUUUUUUAUCUUUAACAUCUCUAGGCCACCCCACAAAUCACUAGGAAGGAAGAAUGAAUGCAGGUGAGUAAUCAUCGCCUACUUCAGUUUGAUCCGAACUAUGUUUUUUCUCAUUUGUUUUUUUUCUUUGUAUUAUAUCUUCUCUGGAACUUAGUUUAUUUUCUGUAAUGAUGGUUACAUUUUGAUAUGUUCCUUUUGAAGU